ACGGUGCGGACGGGUCAGGAGCGUAGAGGCGGCGGCAAAAUGGCGGCGCCUGAGGAGCAGGAUCUAACUCAGGAGCAGACCGAGAAGCUGCUGCAGUUUCAGGAUCUGACUGGCAUAGACUCCAUGGAGCAGUGUCGCCUUGCCUUGGAACAGCAUAACUGGAACAUGGAGGCUGCCGUCCAGGACAGACUGAAUGAGCAAGAGGGUGUACCAAGUGUUUUCAAUCCACCUCCAUCUCGACCCCUACAGGUUAAUACAGCUGACCACAGGAUCUACAGCUACGUUGUCUCAAGACCACAACCAAGGGGCCUGCUUGGAUGGGGUUAUUACUUGAUAAUGCUUCCAUUCCGGUUUACCUAUUACACGAUACUUGAUAUAUUUAGGUUUGCUCUUCGUUUUAUACGGCCUGACCCUCGCAGCCGGGUCACUGACCCUGUUGGGGACAUUGUUUCAUUUAUGCACUCUUUUGAAGAGAAAUAUGGGAGGGCACACCCUGUCUUCUACCAGGGAACGUACAGCCAGGCACUUAGUGAUGCCAAGCGGGAACUUCGAUUUCUUUUGGUUUAUCUUCAUGGGGAUGACCACCAGGACUCUGAUGAGUUCUGCCGCAAUGCUCUCUGCGCACCUGAGGUCAUCUCGCUGAUAAACAGCCGGAUGCUUUUUUGGGCUUGUUCUACAAACAAACCGGAGGGGUACAGGGUCUCCCAGGCUUUACGAGAGAACACCUAUCCGUUCCUGGCUAUGAUUAUGUUGAAGGACCGGCGAAUGACUGUGGUAGGAAGGCUCGAAGGCCUCAUUCAACCUGAUGACCUCAUCAACCAGUUGACGUUCAUUAUGGAUGCAAACCAGACUUACCUGGUGUCAGAACGCCUAGAAAGGGAAGAAAGGAACCAAACCCAGGUGCUGAGACAACAGCAGGAUGAAGCCUACCUGGCUUCUCUCAGGGCAGACCAGGAGAAAGAGAGGAAGAAGAGGGAGGAAAGAGAGCGGAAGCGCCGGAAGGAGGAGGAGGUGCAGCAGCAGAAGCUGGCGGAGGAGCGAAGGCGGCAGAACUUACAGGAGGAGAAGGAGAGGAAGCUGGAGUGCCUGCCCCCUGAGCCCUCCCCUGAUGACCCUGACAGUGUCAAGAUCAUUUUCAAGUUACCCAAUGAUUCCAGAGUAGAGCGACGAUUCCAUUUUUCACAGUCUCUAACAGUCAUCCAUGACUUCUUAUUCUCCUUGAAGGAAAGCCCUGAAAAGUUUCAGAUUGAAGCCAAUUUUCCAAGACGGGUACUUCCCUGUGUCCCUUCAGAGGAAUGGCCCAACCCCCCCACACUGCAGGAGGCGGGACUAAGCCACACAGAAGUUCUCUUUGUUCAGGACCUGACAGACGAAUGACACUUUUCUGCCUCCUUCUUCCCACCCCAAUCCCUAAAAGAAAUGGAAAAACAAAAACAGAGAACAAGAGAUAAAUUCAUAUUAUUAUUAUUAUUAUAAUACAAUAUUUUUUUUAAAAAAACUGCUGCAUCCUACGGAAGGAUCGGAAACCAUGCUGCCUGCAAGAGGCACAGCCUGUGUGCGUGUGCAAGGCCGGCAGUGAGCGCACCUGCCCAGCAGACUCGCCUUCCACAGCCGCCUCUCCAUCUUCCAGUGAAGACUUCACCUCCAACCCAUCCCUCCGCCCACGUGGGGAAGAAGACAUUCCCACUGUUUCUCAGUCAUUCUUGCUUUUGUAGAAAAGAAAAAAGAAACCCACCAUCAGCUCCAGCAGCAGCUCCUGAGGACCUGCUUCUCCUACUUCUAGAGGAAGAGGGGAGAGAAGGAUGGACUGACUGCCCACAGUUCAUGAAUAACUUUGUUUCUGUUUGCUUUGUAAUGAUAAUGACCAAAGGAGUGAGGCUGACUUAGGUGUAUUUUUUCCUCAGAUUUGAUAAAGAGCCAGUGCCCUGGGCUCCAUGGCCCACGGCGGUGUAAUAAAGGUGCCCUGGGCUCAUUUGCGCUUCCUUCUGCCACUGUUCCUCUCACGGUCCCAGAGGUACCCAUUUGGAGCAAUGAGAGGAAGUCUGGGAUUGUGACCCACAAAAGGCUGUGUGUGGGGUGUGUGUUCCCUUUACACACACAUACAGCUUCUCCUUGGCAUCUGUACCAGGUGGUGGUGAAGGGGUCUCAAGCAAAGGACAGCAGCUCCUGCCUCCCUCUCACUGCACACGCUGCUCUUCCCAGCUUUCCUAACUUGCCGAGCUCGGUGCCUUUCCAGAGGACUAGGGACCGGGCCGGGCCCUCCGUUCCACCUGCGGAGGCUCGUCCUGUUUGAGUGCACAUAUGAUAAUGAUGUUUAAGGAUAUAGACCCAUCGCAGGCAUGGUGGUGUGCUGGGAGGCAGAGGCAGCAGAUCUCUGAAUUCCAGGCCAGCCUGGUCUACAGAGUGAGGAGGCCCUGUCUCAAAGUUUUGAACCAGAAACUUUGAAAGAGAAAUUGGACUGCCAGCCUGUGUGUGUUGUUGGAAAGCACAUUUCAUGGCACCAGAGACAGUUUGCAGCCUUCCUCUUGCCGUGGUGAAGCAGCAGGAGCCUUUCCCCCUUGAAAUGUCUCGUCUGUGAUUGAGUUUUUUAGUAGUAGGUAUGUGGUUGAGCCAUGUAUGAGCACAUGCCAGUGUGUGCUGACAAGUGUUCCAGUAUGGGCUAGCUGUGCUGGUACAGGCUUGACACUGCCGCUCUCUGAGGUUCCUGUAGUCACUAGUGUGUGGGGGCAUUCCAGUCCGGAGAAAGCAUAGCUUGUGUUGGUCACCUCCAAGAGCCCCUCUAAAGCCACUGCUCUCUGUGACAGUCCUGUGCUUCUGUUCUCUGCAGCUCUCCGUUGUUAGAGGACGGCUUGUGGAGUCAUUUGGAAAACCUGAGAAGAUCCCUGAGGCCUUAGCACAGGGCUCUGAUUCUACCUUGGGAAGUGUUAGCGCAGCUAAGCCAGCCAGCACUACAGUGACAGGUUGAGAGGACGCUCAGGAGAAGUCUGUCUUGCUGACAGCGAUGCAGAGGGGCUUUCCCACUUGGAGCCACCCUCCCAGGUUGUAGUCCCUGUCUGACUGCCCGGCACAUGGGCAUGUGUACUGUGGAAGUGUCUUGUUCAUGGCUGCUUGGGGAAGUUCUGAUUUUCCCUCUUAAUCUCGUUCUGUAAUGUGUACAUUUUAAUUUUAUGCCUUUUGCCUUUUGAUAACUGCAAAAAUAUACUAGAUGCCAGACUAAUAAAAAAGGGGUCCGCUCUUGCCACAACUCUGAGGGCAGCCUGCUCAUGUCCUGGAGGCUUGUGCUGAAGUACCUACCUAGCUCCCAUCACCUGUCCCCUCCCUUAGUUUUCCUCUCAGCUUUUUGAGAUAGGUUCCGAUGGCCCAAAGUGGCCUCAAACUACAUACCCAAGGCUGGCCUUGAGCUACCCUCCUGCUCCCCACUCCUGUGGUGCAGAUGUGGGUAUGCACCACCACGUGAGGCUCUCCAGCAGCUGUGAAACACUUUUGUGUUCUUGCUGUCCCCAGUUCUGCUGUCUGGGGGCCAUUUCUCUCCCUGGGUGAGCUGUGGACUUCACCUUUUGUCCCCCAGGCCAGUUCAGUCUGGGACUCCCUAAACCUAUGAGCUAGAAGAGACCUGCGACCAUUUGCUGUUGUUUAAAUUGCUUCCAAAAGAUCCCACCAAUUGUUCCAAAGUCGUCAUGGACAGUGGAAGCAUUUGUUUCCAUCCCCUGUCAGAUGGCCUCGGCUGAAUGACCAUGGGGAUGACCAAGCAACAAUGCCUGAGUGAGUUGAAAUUUGCAGCCUCAGUCUGGUCUUUUCUUCCUCUGCAGAAUUGUCUGCGGCAGAUAGGUUUUGUUUUUGUUUUUCUCCUUGCUUGCUUCCACUAUGAGAUGCAGAGAAGGCAAGAGAAUUCCUAUUUCUUUAAAAACUUACACAAAAAAGAAAAAAACCCUAGAAUUUUCCAACUGAUCAGUUAUUAUGAAAAUUGCUGACAGUGCCAAGGCCAAGGAAAGAAUGUCAGAGGCAACAGAAGACGCAGCAGCCCCAGAGCACUUAAUCAGAGGCUGUCGCCUGGCACUGGACAGGGACCUCCACCUUCCAGCUGGUUGGCUUUUCUGUUUGUCAGGGGGGAGGUUUUGACUUGUGAAGAACGCAGCAACAGAAGAUGCAUCCACAGAGAUGCAGUGCCCCACCUGUACUGCACCUGAGUAGUUAAUAAUUUCCUGAAGAAAUCUAGUGUACUUCAAAUUUUUUCAUAAAGGUUUACAUUGUAUUGUAGGUUAACAUUAAACGUUUUAUAACAAAAAAUGUA